AUGGGACUUUUCCAAGUCGUAACGACUUCGUUUCUUCCGCCAUUUUGGCACUGUUUCCCCACCAGGUGCCUCCUGGGCGACGUGAGGCGCAGAAAUUACGGCGACGUGGCUUUCGUAGAACAUCAUGGUCUGCUCCGGAACCUCGAACGAUUGAGUGUCCCGGCAUCCGAUUUCGAGCUCCUGUGUCCGAACGGUAGCCGGGCAGCCAUUUUGGACUGGAGGGAAUGCAACCUGGGCCGCGUCCCCCCCGGCGUUGUCGUGACGCGGCCCAUGAGCGUGGCGAAAGUGCACGGAUUCCUAGAGAAGUCCCAGGAUGCGGGCGCAAACUCCGACUUCCAUCUCUUCCGGUCUGAAAAAAUAUGGGGAAGGUGACCUUCUGUUCAAAGACGCCACGCGACGGAUCACCCUCACCAGGAACAUGGACUAUAGAGUCAUUUUGGGGGAGGACUUUUUCCGGCUGGCAGAGUCCGUCUUCCAUUGUAACCCCGCAGGUAAGGAUACUAAUUUAAUUG